ACCAUGACCUGCAGCCGCCGACCCCCGAGCCCAGCCCUUGCGCCCCUCUUGCUGGCUGUGCUGGCCGGUCCUGCUCUGGCCUCAGAGAUCGUGGGGGGUCGUGCAGCUCGGCCCCACGCAUGGCCCUUCAUGGCGUCCCUGCAGCGGAAUGGUGGCCACUUCUGUGGUGCCACCCUCAUCGCCCGGAACUUCGUCAUGUCAGCCGCACACUGUGUGAAUGGCUUGAACUACCAGUCGGUCCAGGUGGUCCUCGGGGCACAUAACCUGAUGCGGCGGGAGCCCACGCGGCAGACGUUUCGGGUGCAAAGGGUCUUUGAGAACGGCUACAACCCCAACAACUUGCAGAACGACAUUGUCAUUCUCCAGCUCGACCGGUCAGCUACCCUCAACAGCAACGUGCAGGUCGCCCGGCUGCCAGCCCAGGGCCAGGGCCCCCGGGACGGGGCGCGCUGCCUGGCCAUGGGCUGGGGUCGCCUGGGCACCAACCAGCCCACGCCCAGCGUCCUGCAGGAGCUCAAUGUGACCGUGGUGACGACCCAGUGCCGCCGGAGCAACGUGUGCACGCUGGUGCGACGCCGGAGGGCGGGCAUCUGCUUCGGGGACUCCGGGGGACCCUUGGUGUGCAACGGGCUCAUUCAGGGCAUAGAUUCCUUCAUCAGAGGCGGCUGCGGUUCCGGAUUCUACCCCGACGCCUUUGCCCCGGUGGCCCAAUUUGCCGACUGGAUCAACUCCGUUAUCCGCCGCGGGGACCUGCCCCCUGCCCACCCCAGCGACCCCACGACCAGGAUCCCCUAG